AUGAAAGCAUACGGUCUUCGACCUAAUCGGCCACAAACAGGCGAUGGUUUCUUCAGAAAUCUACAUCUUAGACAUAAUCUUGAUGACACACAUUAUACACCAGAAAAAAAAAGUCCAGCUAAAACUCGCUGGUUGAGAGGCAUAGCACCUCAUCUUCAGCUCGCUAUUGUUAGACUAACAUCUGAUAACGCUAAAGGGCAAAAACGAACCGGUAAAGUCUCACUUUCCAACACUGCAACGGUUAAAGCACUCGAGAAAAUAGGUAUUCAAAAUAGAUGGGCAUCAUGCCCUGAUAUUAUCCAAUUACUUGAAUUGGAAACAAGUUUCAUCAAAGGUGACUAUAUUAAACAAGCGAAUCGACUGGAGUUUAAACAAGUCCAAAAGAUAGGCUAUUACUUCGAUGGUCGCAAUGAACCACGGAAAACAGCCGUGGCUUAUUCUCUCGCUUUUCGCCUUCUUAAAGAAACUCCACAACCACGUCAUAUAACAUAA